AUGGGAAGAGACUCUCUUAAUUCUCGAAAUUCUAUAACCUCGACUCUCCUAGGGUCGGAUGACCCCUCCAUGAUCAAAGAGUCAGAAGAUCUACUCUCGAAGUUUAUAAGAGGGGCAUCUAAUGAGGCACGAGAUGCCUUCCUGCAGCCUCAGAACACGGGGAGUCCAGUCACCAACUUAGCGACCGAGAGAUCAAAAGCCCGAGUGAAGAUACCCAGGGGAAAUAUUCAAUUACGCCCGCAAAGUAACUCACGGCCAACCGAGCAUGUGCCACCAAAAGCUCCUGCCAAUCCGGCGUCGAUGACCAAGCGAACAGUUACAUUACCGUCACCCAGGAGAAAGCCACCGAGCUCGCAAAGAAAGCAGGCAGCCCAAUCACCAUCGCCUGAUAGUGACGUACCACUACCAGGGUCCGCGGUGAUACGACGCUCUGGUCGUUCAAGAGCUGGCCCCACCAAUUACUACGAGAAAUUCCCCCUGCUUAAUAGUGAGGAUGAGGGGAAAGUGCAAAAAAUCAAGACCGUGCCAAUCCCGAGGGGUCCGCUACGGUGCCCCCGUUAUGGUAUCCCUUCUACAACACCCCAACCCCCUGCGAGCAGGAUUAGUAGACAGCAGAAUACCUCAUUCAGCAGUCUGUUCCAACAGCGGGAAUUGGGUGCACACUCGAACCGGCAACUAUAUUCGCAAUUCACUGGUGGUUUCAAAGUGUCAAAGGCAUGGAAGGGUGCUUCGAAUGAUGUUGUUUCUCUAGCAUGGUCACCCGAUGGGACCAGAUUCGCAGCAGGUGCUACCGCACAAUGUGAUGAGCAUAUGAUGGCGUAUAAUAGAAAAAAUAAUCUCCUGUUCGGAAAUCUCACCAACAGUGAACUAUGUGAGCUGCCAGACCACUGCAUACCACGUCCCGGAGGUACCGGCUCAGCAAGCCACGUUGUGAAUGAUUCUCGUCUUUUCAUGAGUGUUACUGCUGUGCAGUGGUUUGAAGACACGUUAUAUACUGCCAGUUAUGACCACACCGUUAAACUAUGGGAUACUUCAAGAGGGAAAGCUACGUGUCAUAAGACCCUGAAACACGACUCGAAGGUGAUUGUUAUGGCACGUUCGAACUUCGCUGAAAAUAUAUUGGCUACGGGGACGCAUAUGAUUGGAUAUUGGGACACCAAUGAUGCUGAAUAUACAGCACUCGAAUUACCACGUGCGAGGUCAAGAAAAGAGAUUGAGUUGGUACCGACAUCAAUUGCAUGGGGGUCUAGUCACGCAACAAAGGACUACCUCCUCGCAGGAAUGUCCGAUAAGGAAGAUGGUGUCGCUCAAUAUGGACUUCUUGCUGCAUUCCGUUUUCGGGAAUCAUCCGUCGGCCCUGAGUACUUUUCACCAAAUUCACAGAAUGUUUUUGAUGUUGCCUGGCACCCCACCUUACCCAUAUUUGGGGCAGCUUGCACUGCGGGUCAGCAAGUUACCCGGGGCACCCGGUCCGUUGUGAACAUCUACGAGCCAUUGAGACUCAAGUCUCGGGUUUUGGAGCUUGAUUGUCCAGCUUUGGACAUGAACGAAGUGACGUUCUGUCCGGCUAAUACAAACUAUGUUUCCACUAGCUGUACAGACGGAGUCACGUAUGUCUGGGAUAUGCGCAACUGUGGCGAAAUCGUUCACAAGCUCAAACAUGGAGCUCCCUUGAAUCAACUGGAUGAAACGGUUCCUAGAGAACAAGCAGAUACCGGCGUCAACAUGCAGUUAUGGGGCUCCACAUCUGACCAGUUGUAUACAGGCGCUUCAGACGGUGUGGUAAAAAGGUGGAAUAUCCUUCGCGCGCCCGAUGACGUGCUUGUUGAAGAUACGGCCGCUCUCAAUGAAGGAAUCAUGUGUGGAGCAUUUUCACCGGAUCAAUCUAAUUUGCUGAUUGGAGAUGUUUCUGGGGGAGUGCAUCUUCUAUCUAAUAGUCCGUUCUGUCCAGACGAUGCACCAGCAUUCAUUUUUAAAGAAAGCCCUCACUGUGUUGAGCAAGAACCGGAUCCGGACUCUGGUGUUAGGGCUGCUCAGGAUCUGGUUUCAUCAGGGCAAAUUGAAAUUCACCCUGUGUUUGGGCCUGGCAAAGGCCCUCACUAUAAGGGCCCGUUUGCUGCCUGGGCACGACCAAUUGGAACGUCGCCAGAACCAGAACGCGUGGCAUCCACUCAACUCGCAGAUUAUUAUACGGUACGACAGCUCUGUGGCAUGCCCCCUCAGUAUCGCGAGGGCUUGAAACCUGAAGCGCGGGAAGAAGUUGAAGGGCACAUAACGCUUGCAACAGUACGCAACCAGAUGCGUGGUCGGAACAAGAGGCGGAAUCCAGAGGCUGUGGUUAUUAAAACUGAGUGUGUUGAUGAGCAUGACUUCAUUGAUCUAUGCAGUGAUGAAGGUGUUGAUGAACCCGCUUAUAAGAUUUCACCGAAACGCAGGCAGCCGGUUAUAUCGACACCUGACAGUGUUACUAUUGAAGUCAUAGAUCUUACCGGUGACUCGGAUAUGGAGGAUUUUGCAAGCUCGCAGACAUCCUCUCUGAGAUGCUCUAGACGCGGGGGUGGUUCGGUUCGUCCAGCUAUUCUUGAUGACCAUGAGCUUGAAGAUGACUACUGGUGGCCCGAUAGCAGCACGAUAAACCCAAACUUUUCUGAGUAA